CCUCCACUCCGGCCCGCUGGCCGCCCGCUCCCCACCAUGCCGCCGCAGGGCACGCCGCUCAUCUCGAGCUUCUUCAAGAAGGCCGCACCCGCGUCCGGCUCGCCGGCGGCCGGCAAGAAGCGCCACGUCGUCGAGCUCUCCUCGGACGAGGAGGAGCACAUCGCCGAUGCGGCGGAUGCGCCCGCCGCUGAGGCCGCUGGGCCCGGCCGUUCCAGCGAGGGUCAGCCGCCGGCAAAGGUGGCGCGCACGAGCACCGGGCCGAUCCCGCGUCCCACCGCGCAGGAGCGCCAGGAGCUUGCAGAGCGCAAGGCGGCAGCCAAGGCAGCACAGCGCGAGGAGUGGAGCUUCAAGCCCUCGCAGGCUGCGCCCCAUGCCUCGGGCUCGGCUGCAGCCGAGACGGCACGCGGAGCUUUGCUGCCUUCACCGAGCCAGGCUUCGAAGGCGCUGAGCUCCUCGCAGCGCGCGGCAGAGCCGGCUCGCAGGCGCGAACUCCGCAAGCGGCUGCUUGGCCCCGAGGAUCCGCUUGCGCGGCUCACGCGCCAGGGAAGGGAGGCCGCCAGCGACGAAGAGGAGGACACGAGCGACGCAGCGGUGGCCGACGAGGCAAACGAGGCCGGGCCGUCGAAUCGCUUUGGCAAGUACGCAGCCCCGAGUGGCGCAGCCAAGACGCCCGCUGCGACUGCUGCCAAAGGCCGCUCGGGCUCGACGUCGAAGAAGAAGGGCGACGAGUACACGCCGCUCGAGAAGCAGAUCCUGGCUCUGAAGGAGGAGAACCCUGGCGUGCUACUGGCGGUGGAGGUGGGAUACAAGGUCAAGUUCUACAACGAGGAUGCACGCAUCGCCGCGCGCGAACUCUCCAUCAUGUGCUACCCGGACAACCAUCUCUUCGCCGCCAUGGUGCCUGUACAUCGCCUGCACAUCCACGUCCGGCGUCUCGUGGCGGCUGGGCACAAGGUCGGCGUGGUGCGCCAGGUCGAGACGCGUGCGCUCAAAGCCAUCGGCUCGAACAAGUCGGGGCCCUUUGAGCGCAAGGUCACCGCGCUCUACACUGCGGCGACCUGGGUGGACGAUCUGUCGUCUGACGUCGCUGGCAUGGGCGAGGAGGCCGGGUUCGCCAACCCUGCGGCUACCCGCAGCUUGCUAGCUAUUGUCGAGCGGCUCGAGGGCGGCAACGGCCCGGACGAUCGCGUCUGCAUUGGUCUCGUCGCCAUCCAAGCGAACGUAGGCUCGGUCACAUUCGAUCAAUUCUCGGACACGCACGUCCGCAGCGAGCUCGAGACGCGCCUCGCACAUCUGCAGCCCGCAGAGAUCCUCAUCCCGGAAGGCCUGUCCAAGCAGACGGAGAAGAUGAUCAAGCACGUCGCCGGCUCAAGCUCGGCCUCUGCGGGCUCCGGCCGCAUCCGCGUCGAGCGUCGUGCCUUUCCCAAGGGCUACGACGAGGCGUGGCGCAGCGUCUCGCGCUUCUACGAGGAGGGCAUGCUGCAGCUCAGCAACGCCACCGAUGCCGGCAAGAUUCUCGCCGUGGCCAGCAAGCUGCCGCAUCUGGCGCUCAUUGCCAUGGCCGCGGCCAUCGAGCACCUGCAGGGCUUCGGCCUGGAAAAUCUCUUCCGCAUCCCCAACUUCGCCUCCUUUGCCGACCGCAACGUCAUGCUGCUCACGAGCACGACGCUCGACAACCUCGAGAUCUACCGCAACUCGGACGGCUACCGCGAGAAGGGCUCGCUGAUCUGGCUGCUCGACCGCUGCAAGACGGCGUUCGGCCGACGCCUGCUUCGUCGCUGGGUCGGCCGCCCGCUGACCGACGUGGACAUGCUGCGCGCACGAGGCGAUGCCGUCCAGGCCCUGGUCGACGCCGGGUCGCAUCCGGUGACGCUCAAGAUUCCUGGCCUGCUCCAGGGCCUGCCUGACCUCGAGAAGGGCCUCGCUCGGAUGUCAUACGGCCGAGCUGAGCCGACGGAGCUGGCUACGGUGCUGCUCUCGCUGAACCGCAUUGCCUUUGACAUCGAGCCAGUGGCCGAGCCCGAGGACCUCGGCAUGCCCUCCAGCGUGCUGAACGAUGCUGUGGCCGCGCUGCCGAAGGCACGCAGCUGUGUCAAAGCCGCACUCGAUGCCAUCUCGCUCAAGCAGGCGCGAGCCAACGAGAAGACGGAGCUCUUCGUCGACCCUGAGAUGUACCCCGGGCUGCAGGACCUCAAGAGCCAGAUCGCGAUCUACGAUAACGAUCUGGCCGAGCACCUCGUCGACCUGCGCAAGCAGCUCCGCAUGCCAAAGCUGUCGUACGCCACGGUCUCGAACGAGACCCAUCUGAUCGAGAUCCGUGCCGGCGCCGAUGCCAAGAAGAUGCCAGCCGACUGGACGCGCGUCAGCGCGACGCAGAAGUACGUCCGCUUCCAUACGCCGACGGUGCUCCAGAUUCACCGGCAGCGCGAUGCUGCCGUGGAGACGCUGGCGUCGGAGGCAGACCGCUGUUACCGCUCCUUCGUGCAGGCGCUCUGCGACGACCACUACACCAUCCUGCGCGACGCUGUCUUCGGCUUGGCCACGCUUGACGCGCUCGUCUCGCUUGCCAAUGUCGCUCUCCUGCCUGGCUGGGUCCGCCCGACCUUCGACGAGACCGGCAAGGACGUGCUGCAGCUCAAGGGCUUCCGCCAUCCUGUCAGCGAGGCGCUCGUCGACGACUAUGUGCCGAACGGCGUCUGUCUCGGAGGCGACGACGCGCGCGGCGUGCUGCUGACCGGUUCCAACAUGGGCGGCAAGUCGUCCACUGUCCGUGCGAUCGCGCUACUCGUCGUACUGGCGCAGAUCGGCUCUUACGUGCCCGCCGACUCGGCGCAUCUCUCCAUGCACGACGCCGUGCUGACGCGCAUGGGCGCCAGCGACGAGCUGGCCAAGGGACGCAGCACAUUUAUGGUCGAGAUGAGCGAGACGUCGGAAAUCCUGCGCACGGCCACGGAGCGCAGUCUCGUCAUCCUCGACGAGCUCGGACGAGGCACGUCGACAUUCGACGGCCAAGCUGUCGCCCAUGCAGUGCUCGUGCACCUGCUGACCCGCCCGACCGGUCGACCCAAGCUGCUCUUCGUCACGCACUUCCUUGCCCUCGGCGCUCUGGCGCAGAGAGAGGCUGGCCUGAGCCUGGAGGCGAAGCACAUGGCGGUCAUCGAGCGCGCGCGCGAUGUCGAGGUGGAUGAGUUCGACGACGAUUUCGACGAGGCAGUGCGUCCGGGCGCCGCCACCUCGGACAUCACCUUCCUCUACAAGCUGCGUCCCGGCCUGGCGUCCAAGUCAUUCGGCAUUCACUGUGCCGCCCUCGCCGGCCUGCCCGAGCAGCUGCUCGAGAGCGCCCGCAUCAAGGCCGCCGAGCUGGAGAGCUGGAGCGAGGCGCGAGCACAACGUGCGCUCGAGAUGCGCGCCCGUCGCGCUGUGGCUCUCUUUGCUCCUGGCGGGCAGAUGGACGGCCCGGCGGUCGAGGGCGCCAAGAAGGCGGCGCGCGCACUGGGCCUGUUCGAGCACGAGGGCGAGCAGGCGGAAGAGGCCUAA